AUGCAUGGCGCAGAGCACAACUACUCCAUCUACGAUAAAGAGCUGCUGGCGAUCGUCCGAGCCCUACAGUGCUGGAGGGCCGAAUUAGUAGGCCUGCAGACACCAUUCUUGGUUAUCACGGACCACGAAGCCUUGAAGUACUUCAGCACGAAGCGGCUGCUCAACCUUCGCCAGGCCGGGUGGGCAGAGUUCCUGGCCCAAUACCACUUCGUGAUCUCUUACCGCCCAGGAAGGGAUAACGGCGCGGCGGACGCGCUUUCGAGAAAGUCGCUCGAUUGGGAGUCGCGAACUAACCUGAACGGGGCCCGUCUGACGACAAGGGAAAGGCUUAACCGCGGAGAUGCUCAAGACAUGGUUAAGAAAAUACAAGGUUACCUUGCUAAAGCGAGGGAAUUGAUGACGAAGGCGCAGGACGGGAUGGCGAAGCAGGCAAACCAGCACCGACGGGUGCCCGACUUUGGCGUCGGGGACAAGGCGUUCAUCAUUAAACGAAGCGAGCUGUCUGACAGGCCUAGUAACAAGCUGGACCUCCCGGUAACCAGCCGUUGGUUCAAGAUCAAGGAGAAGUGCGGACAUUCCUAUCGUCUCGAAGUACCGGAGGGAUGGCGAAGCACCGACGUCUUCCACGCAGACCGCCUGAGGAAAUACCCAGACAACCCACUACCAGGACAGCACAUGGAGGAACCGGCUGGGGAAUACGUGGGAGACGAUGUCGAAUGGGAGAUGGAAGAGAUUCUGGCAUCGAAGAUAUAUCGUGGGAGGUUUCAGUACAGGGCGGCGGACGCGGAAGAGUUCGAUCCGGAUCACGACAACGAUAACGUGCCCGCGAGAAAAGGGAUAUGA